UUAUUUUUAAUGUUAACACAGCCGGUAUAGCAUACAGUAUUUUAUUAAAUCGUUUUGAAUCCUGAUAAAGUGUAGCCAUGGUGGAUGCAAUAGACGGAAGUUUAGGUUUGAACAAGAUAACAGCUACAGAAUUCGCAAAGCUUUGGAAAAGUUUCGAUAUAAACCAAAGUGGUUACAUGGAAGGCAACGAACUCAAUUCUUUUUUCUAUGAUCUUGCCAAGGAUUUACUUAAGAAGGAGCCUAGUGAAGAUGAGCACAAUAGUGUAAAAACUCUCUUUAUGGCAGUAUACGAUAAGGCAAAGGACGGUAGAAUAUCGAUGAAUGAGCUUGCAAAAAUGCUGUUACCUGAAGAUGAAGAAUUCCUUUUGUUUUUCCGACGGCGAAUUCCAUUGAAUUCAAGCGUCACAUUUAUGCAGAUUUGGAGGCGAUAUGACAAAAACCGUAGUGGGUUCCUAAACAAAGCUGAACUUCGGAAUUUCGUAUCAGAUUAUAUAACUGCCUCCGGGUGUGAAUCCGUAACAGCUGAUCAAGUUGACGAAUACACUUCAUCUAUUAUGGCCUUGUUUGAUCUCAACAGCGACGGUCUUCUAACUUUACAAGAUAUGGCCAGGCUUGUAAACGUAUCUAAGAAUUUUCUUCUACAAUUUCGAAUCGAGGACGGCUCCGCGGAACAAAGAAAACAAGAUUUUGAGAAAAUUUUCCAACAUUAUGACCAGAGCAACACCGGUGCACUGGAAGGAGUAGAAGUUGAUGGUUUCGUUAAAGACAUGAUGGAAACCAUUAGGGGUCCCCUUACUGCAAGUGAGCUCGAUGACGUCAAAGCAUCUGUACUGAACCAUUGUGACGUAAAUGGAGAUGGAAAAAUUCAAAAGUCCGAACUCGCAGUCUGUUUGUCAGUUCAUAUUUGAAAGCUGCGAAUGUUUACACAACUACAUUUUGUGGCGGCGUGUUUAAAAUUGUAAACAAAAACAUCCAUAGGUUGUAUUUUGCUGAUCGUCCAUGUUGCUUGUCUUGAAUAGUUUUAUCGCAUGUUAUUGUGGUUCGUUUUUUUAUCGUGGUUUCGGCUUAUUUAAAAGUGCAGAUUAAUAAACGCACAAACAGCGUGUGAA